CGCUAGAAAGUGAUUUCGCCUUUGGGCUGGGAGGGCAGUUGCUGCUGCUCUUCAGCGAGGCCUGGCAGGAUGCCGUUCCAGCAGGGCUCUGCCCGGACCCGGCAGCGCACCGUCCUGCUGGCGGGGAUGGCGGUCCUGCUGGCCGCCCUCGUCCUCGCCGUCGUGCUGGCCUCCCUGCUGACUCACGGGAAGCAAGAGGUCAGUCCCCAAAUGCUGAAGUGGAAGGACAGGGGGACCACUAAGAAUCUGCAAGAAGUCAUCCUGGGAAGAUGCUACAACUACGUCAUGGCACGGUUCCCUGAUCUGGGAGAUAAAGAUUGCCUAAAAAUAUGGGAAUCAUUAAAACAUGCAUUCAUGUACAAGAAUCCCUGUAAUAUCACAUCAGAAGAUUAUCAGCCUUUAAUGGAGUUAGGAAGUCAUCCUAUACCCUGUAACAAGUCACUGUUCUGGAGCAAGACAAAUGACCUCGUUCAUCGUUACACAAAAUCCAACCAAAAUUUCCUUACCUUGGAGGACACCUUGCUGGGUUACAUGGCUGACAGGGUUUCAUGGUGUGGAGACCCCUCUGCCCCAGGAAUCAACUAUGAGUCUUGUCCAAAACGAAGUGAAUGUGAGAGCAAUCCUAGCUCUGUAUUCUGGAAAAUGGCAUCCAAGAUGUUUGCAGAAGCAGCAUGUGGUGUGGUUCAGGUGAUGCUCAACGGAUCAAUAGAAGCUGGAGCUUUCAGAAACAGCAGCAUUUUUGGAAGUAUUGAGAUCUUUAACCUAAAUCCAGACAAAGUCUCUGCAGUACACAUUUGGGUGAUGCAUGACAUUGGUGGCCCUCAAAGUGAAUCCUGCUCAGGUUAUUCCAUAAAGAGGUUAAAAAGCAUCUUAGAAGAGCGAAACUUUAAGAUCAGCUGUGAAGACAAUUACAGGCCAGUUCAGCUCCUUCAGUGUGUGAACAGCCCUGACCACACAGACUGCAGGCUCUGCACCAACACCACAGCAACUCCAUAAAUGGAGCGCUUGGCACUAUUGAAGACUUUCAUUAUUUGUGUGUAAAGCUGGACAAGAUGUGUCUACAUAGCUUAGAGUGAUAAAUAGCAGCUUGGUAUGUACAGAGUCCAUAACCAGAAAUCCUUGCUGUGAUGCUAACAGCCAAGUAGCAGGAGAUGAUAUUUUAGAUGUGAUUACUGUACACACACGCACACAAAUAUUAUUUCAGGGUGGUUGGGGCCAUGCUCAGGGGUUAAGGCAGAUGCUUUUCCCUAGAUUGCCCCCUCGUGCACAGCUCCCCUUGUGCCCAGAGGCUCAGAGCAGGGAUUCCCCAGGGUGUGCACAGAGAAGAAAGAGACUUUCCAAUGGAGACAGAACUUGUUUGGAUCAGCGCUUGGCUUCCUACCUGCUAGAAGGCUGGGGGAAUCAGCUGAGCUGAGCCAAGAAAAGACCGGAAGCCACCCAGAGAGUUGCCAGCGUCUAUAAGAACGUGUCAAGUGUGUAGCUGGACAGAGAAAAUAGCAAGACUGACUCAGAAAGCCCCAUUAAAAUCCUACUGGAAACACCGUCGCAGUUCAGAUUACAUUUUCUUCUUAAUAUAGCAGUAAGCAUAAGCCUUCCAGCUUUCAUUAAAGGUCACUCAGACCACAGCUUGCCCAUCCAUGGUAAUAGAGACAAACAUCAAAAGGUUGCCACAAUGUGUAGUCUCUCUAGAGCUCAGUUUCUGAGGUGAAAGGUGAUGCCAUGUGGAGUAUAAAUUCACGGGCAUGGACAUACCAUAGUACAUUGAAAUGGCAGGUUUCAUUGAUUUCCUUUGAUUCCUGCUUUGCUGGUUCAGUGUUUAUAACACAACGAAGAUCUUGUGACCAUGGCUGUAGUGCCUUUGUGCAGAGCCACUAACACUAAGAGAACAGAGCAGGCUUUGCUGCAGAUGUGUCCUAGGUGUUGCAGUGCCAGCACAACCAGCAGUUGCCAAACCAUGAGGCUGACAGAGGUUUCCAUGAUCCCACAGGCAGAGGGUUGUAAAGCCACAUGUUUUAGAGAUUUCCCAGGGCACAAAGCAUCCUCAUGGAACUACACAAGCUGGUGCAAUUUUGAUCACCUCUAGAUAAAUCUUUUCUCUGUAAUACACAGGCCUGCACCGAGCAUUGCUGGACCACACCCAAGACCUCGCCAAUAAUGUUUACAUUCACUGAAAUGUAUUUUUAUUUACACUUUCCAAUAGGUUAUUUCUGACUGUAAGUCAAGACUUUGUCUUCACACUCAUUUUUGUACCUCCUCUGUUGUAAUAUAAAAUAUUGAGAGUAAAAUCAAGAUCUAUAAUAAAAUCGCUGAUGACAAA